UUGUUUCGAUAUUGAUCAGUUAUGACGGGUGCAAAUUGAUUAGGCUAUUGAUGAUUUUUUCUUCGUCGAAUUGAUGAUAAGCGCCUAUCUCAAAGCAAUGAUCACAUUCACAUUUUCCGCAAAGGUGUUGACAAAUUUCUAACGGCAAUUUUAGAUCAGCACAAAGACUGUGAUUUCGAAAGUCCAACACAUAGAACAGCCACCAUUCAGUUAAUGUUUCGUAUUGCGUAAGAUUGCAACAAAGAAGGACCUGACUCAACACUGAAAGUUGUAGACUUACUUAUUAAUUUCGUACCAUCAGUCUACUUAGUCACAGUCUUCUUUCCAUUCGGAAGCCAAAAUGAAUUUUAGCUUGAAAUAUUUGUUUUUAUUCCACACCCUAUGGGCUGUCAAUACGUUAGCCAAUGUAAUUAUAUUUGAAAGUGUAAACGUGGAAAACGAUGUGCAAGAAUCAAACACCCAGUCGAAUAGUAAACAAACGACCGUUGCAACUGUCACAAAUUCUGGAACAUUUACCGAUGCCAAUGUAUCACCAAAACUGAGUUGUUACUCAUGCAAUUCAAAUACAACCGGGUUGGAUUGUUUUGGCCGUUUGGCGAAAGCUAGAGGUUGCGAAAGUCACUCUGGCAAAUGUUACACAUUCAUUGGAGACGGUACUGUGAUUAGAGGCUGUGUAGGUGAUAAAAUCAUUCCUGAUGCCUCAUAUUGUGAUGAUCCAACUGUAUGUUCGAUUUGCUCACAUCGUUCGGGAUGCAAUUACGGUCCAAUAAUAUCAGAAGUAUGCAUUAGUUAUGAACCUAAUACCACAACAACUACUUCCACCGUUUGUCCUCUGACACUCAAACCUUCGGGAUGUUUUCACAUGGAAAAUGAUGGCAUUCUUCAUCGAAAAGGUUGCGUAAAUGAAUUGACAAGGGAUGAAACGAUGGAGUGUAGCGACUCAAACAAUGCGUCUUGUAAAAUAUGCUUUGGAAAGACUUGCAACAUCAAAAAUACAUUGAACAAAUGUUUGAUCUGCCAUUCGCAAACCGAUCCGAACUGUGUUUCAAAUACAACAGCGGUUCAAGUAAAGGUGUGUCCCGCAUAUGAAAAUAAGUGCUACACCCUUAUCAACGAUGAUAAGACAGUGCAAAGAGGUUGUGCUGACAAAGACGAAAAUUUCAUCAGAAAAUGUUACCACUCAAAUUCACAAUGUGACAUUUGUUCAAAUCACGUCAAAAAUGUCUGCAAUGAUAAUCACCUCUUGGAUACGUGUAUUGUAUGUGAUUCGAGUACUGACCCAUUAUGCCGUAAGCAGCCUGAACAAAUCAAAGAUAGAGCGUGUAGCGUUAAUCCAUUAAAGAAUACUGAUGGUUGCUAUCUUGAUAGCUCCGAUGGGAAAAUAACAAGAGGAUGCGUUAGAAACUUGCAAUAUUCAAAACAGUUCGAAUGUCGGAGUGGAACAAGCCAAUGUAAGAGUUGUAAUGGAGCGAAUUGCAACAAAAAAGUUAGCAUUCAGCAAAAGUGCUACAGUUGCAAUGGAACUGAAGACAUGUCCUGUCAAACGAAGUCAAGUGAUACUAUAUUCUGCCAAAAAUAUGCAAGUAGCUGCUUUGUUGGUAUCGAUGGAAAUGGAUUCACUCAUCGUGGUUGCAUCACACCACAAAUCACCUCUAAUGAUAAAUUCGAUAAAAGACAAUUUCCGAAGGCAUUAGAAAUAUGUUACGAUGACCUAUGCAACGGUGUGACCUUACCCGAAAACCGUUUCAAAUGUUAUCAAUGCGAAGGAGAAGACUGUAAAGAUUUCAAAGAAAAAUCCAAAAUCUGCCGCAUUUUUGCCGAUAAAGAUGAAUGUUAUGCCUACUUGUCUGCAGACGGAAUCGAAUAUCGAGGAUGCAUGAGUGAUUUGAGCGAAGUAAGUACAUUUUGUGCGCACAAAAUGUCAAAUUGCAAGCGAUGUGAUUCUAACAAUUGUAAUGACUUUGACUUUUCAAAAAUCGUGUCUAAUGGGACUGCUUCUGUUGACAAUGCCCACAAUGAAACUAAUUCAGUUGAAAACGUUGGCAAUGAAAUCAUUUCAAAUGGAAGUGCUCAUAAUGAGACUACAGCCAACGCGACUGCCAUAGGAAGUAUGUCACUGAAAUCAUUUACUAUGUUAAACGUUUUCACAUUCAUACUGAAUUACCUGUCAAGAAGAGGAAACCUUUUUACUUUAUUCUAGAACCGAAUUCUGAGGAAAAAAACGCAAGCAUUUCAGUUUUCCAAUAUAUUUGUCGCUUUUAUUCAAUAAAAUAGAUAUCUCACAAAUGAGAUGUUCUGCUUCAAAUUUUGUACAACAUUUCAGAUUUGCAUUGUAUUAAACGUUUCAUUAUUUUUAUAUUAAAAUUCAUUUUUCUACUAGUUGUUUUGUUGUUGUUGUAAUUAUAUUUUAAACAUGUUUGUUUCCCUCGUCCGAAAGUAGUAUUGUAUCCUCUCAAUGCGAGAAAUUUCAUUUUUAAAAAAAUCGCUUCUUGAGAUAAAUGACAACAAGCGUGCUUCUUGUUUUGUGUUGAUUUGCAUUAGGAAUUUCAUACCGAAUGAACUUUGUUAAUUGAAAAGAAAAUUUUCGUAAACAUCUGCCGAAGGAACAUAAAAAUGGAUGUCCGUUUUCUGCAUGUUUCAUGCUGAAGGCUAAACAGAUCCAACAACAAAAGAUAACACAUUUUUUUUCUAUGAAUAAUUGAAAAUGAAGUGUGUUGAAACUAUUUCAUUCAAUUUGCUAUAUGUGUGUAAUUGAAUUUCACAACGGUUAGGAGGUUCUUCUUUAUGUAUUCAAGUAGUCUCCUUGUGCUAAGUGUGUGUGUGUGUGUGUG